GAGUCCACCAAAGUUCACAGAAAUCAUUCUACCAGAGAGUGCAUUCACAGAAACUGCUUUAAUUUUCCAUUCCAAGCUGAGCAGCUUCUUCUCCUUCCUCCAAGAUGUAGCAAUGGGAAAAAACCUCAGAUUGUUCUUCAUGGCAAUCGUUUCUCUUUGGAUAAUAUCAAUCAUAGGAAGCAGCUGCAGUUCCUUGAGCCUAUUAUAUUUUGGUUAUCUCUGCAUUCAGAUACUACCAGUUCUAUAUGAAAAUUAUGAAGAAGAAGCAAAUCAUUUUGCGUUGAAGGGAAGCAAAUACCUGAGGAAAAUCUACCGGAAAUUUGACUCCAAAGUCCUCAGCAAAAUCCCAAGAGGUCCGGUAAAGGUUAAGAAACAAUUAUGAAUGUUCCAGCAUAUAAAUGUGAAGUUGUUUCAGCUUUCAUAUAGCUGUAUUGGAAUAAUGUAAGAGUAAUAAUGCAAAUAAAAAUGUUGAAAAUGAAGUUUGUGUAUAUCUGUUUAAUUUUCAACUUGUGGUG